AUGCCGGCGAUACCGACCCCUACCCCAGAAAUUGCGACCACCGUCAACCUGCCUACCACCACCCCAACUUCCUCAAAUCCCACAUCCGAAAAAACCUCUCCAACGAUAACUGCACCGUCGGAACCCUCUAACCCUUCUCCCAAACACCAACAAACAGAGCCACUCGACGUUAGCCCACUUUCCGCCUAUCAAGACCCCAACUGGGGGGAAACAGAGGAAAAAGACAGUGAAGGGAUGGAAAGCGAAGGAGAGAAGGAUAAAUCAGAGGAAACAACGGCCGCAGAACCCAUAAUCAAAGAGGUAGAGAGAAGGGAGAUAGAUCUGAACAAAAUGGCCAAGAAGCAAGGGCUAAUGACUGAUGAUGAAUUCCAGUCGGUUUUAGGUGGGGGAAACAGGAUAGUGAUAAAUACUGAGGGGGUGGCUGAGGUUCUGGACCUCGCAUCCCAGGCAGUAGGGGAAGGUGAAGCAUCCAUGGUAGCAGAGGAGUCAGAGGGUGUUGUCCACCAGCCAGUGGAGGGAAUGGGAGUAGAACAAACCGAAGGAGUGAAGCAGCCUGAAGAGGAAAAGCAGAAAUCAGAAACCCCCAGUCAGUAG